UGCAAAUUAACAUUAUUGUUAUUGUACUUUUGCAAUUUGUUAUCAUAGUUUAGAAAGUGUAGUGCGAUUUGCAUUUGCGCAAAGAUUGUGUGUUUUUAAGUGAUGUAAACUGAGAUGUGUUCAUUCAGUUUUUGGUGACGCUUGUAAUGUUUUAAAAAUGGUUACUUCCAAUAAAUUACCCGAGAAAAAGUUUGUGAAAAUGACUGGACAAAGUAGCAUAGCAGUAGUGCCGCAAAGAACGUUAUUAGGCGAAGUGAACGAACAAAUUACGUGCCCAUUGUGUCGGGGUUAUUACAUCGACGCCACUACUAUUGUGGAAUGCUUACAUUCAUUUUGUAGAAGCUGUAUCAUAAAACAUUUGCAAGUUAAGAGUUACUGUCCUGUAUGUGAAAUGAUGAUAAAUUCAGCCAAACCUAAUAUAAAAUUAGAUAAGGCUCUCCAAGAUAUUGUGUAUAAAUUGGUACCAGGCUUAUUUCAAAAGGAAAUGGAAAGACGUCAACAAUUUUAUGCUUCUAGACCUGGACCAGCAGCAUCGGCUACACCCGAGCAAAGGGGAGAGGACACAGAAAGGAUAAUUUUUAGUCCUGAAGAUGUGAUUUCAUUUUCAUUAGAGUAUGCUGACAUUACUGACUCAGAUAGCAUAUCUAGUAAAUCAUCAGACAGUAAUGAAACUCAACCUACUUCAGCAUGUUCCAGAAGAUAUUUACAGUGUCCAGCGGUUGUAAAUAUAAGUCAUUUAAAGAAAUUUCUUAGUAUGAAAUUUGAUAUUGAUAGCACCCAGUUUGCUAUUGAUAUAUUAUAUAAAAGAGUACCUUUGCCUGAUUAUUAUACUCUAAUGGAUAUUGCAUACAUAUAUAACUGGAAAAGAAAUGAGCCAAUGAGAUUUUUCUAUCAGAUUAAAGACUAUAUUGCUAUUAGAAAUAGAUUUUUUGACAUUAAUAGAAAGAGUUCAGAUUUUAGAGACAGAAAGUCAAGUCCCACUUCAACAGAAGAAACUAAUGUAGGUAGUCCAGCCCCAAAUUUAAAUGACCAUGUUUCAGAAGGUUCAUCAGGGGCGGAAAGCCCUAUGCCUGAUGAAAAUUCUCAAAAACAAACUAGUGAUACAACAAAAAAUAAUGAAAAAUCUAUUCAAAAUAGAGAUACAAAAGUUCAGGAAAAGAUGGGAGUAAAUUUAAAUAAAGAAAAUACUUCAUUGCCUAAGAAGAGUGAUGAUGACGUAGAAAAGUCUCAAUUUUUAAAUUCAUUUGAACUAACUGCCAAAAGUAGUAAUUUGAUGACUAAAUCUUCACCUGCAAAACUCUCUAAAGUAGAAAAUGACGCACCUGAGAGUACACUAAAAACAAUUCAUGCUUCAAAAAUUGAAGAUACUUUAAAAAGGAAACAUCAAUCACUUCCAAAUACACCAGAGCUAAAAAAGUUGAAAAUUGAACUAGAAAAAACUAAAAUACCUAUGUUGUCUAACAUUGGAUCUAGUUCUGUUCCAGAAGGAUCAAUUCAAAAUAUAAAAAUUUUAGAUUCUACAAAAGCAAAAGAUAUUGAAAGCUCUGCAAAAAAAUCUCAAAUUGCAGCAACCUCUGGAUUACCCACUUCACCUUUGUCUCCCAAGGAAGUAAAACCUCAACCUCAUCCAGUACCUGGUCAACAAGUUUCAGACAGCACUGGUCUCAAGCGCUCUAUAGCAGGAUCCCAAAACAGUACUUCAUCACCUAAAAGAAAACUUUCAAAUGAAGUACCACCAUCAAAUCAAUCUACAGCUCAGAAAACAGUUUCCCCACUUAAAUUACAAAUACCCAAAUUAGAUACUCAAUAUGCAUAUUCUAAAUCAUCUGAUGUACAAAAAUUACCUUCUAAAAAACUUCCUGACUUAAAGCCAAGCAUGUUACCAUCCACACAAAAUAAAGGUCAACCUGUCAAUAAAGUGAGAAUGGAUCUGUUAGCAAAUAACAGUGACCCUACUAUUGAUAGAAGUAAAAUUUUGUCUCAAGUCAAAUCAUCCUUAAUUGCUCAAAAUAAUGGACAAGGUUCAGGAGACCCACUAAAGUCAAUAUUUGAUUCUUGCAAUAUCAAUAUACCCUCUUCAUUAUCAAUUACUUUAACAGAUCAGAAAUUAGAACCCCGUAACCCUAAUGAAUCAGCCAGUACAGAUCCUAAGAAAAGUGCAUUGAAUAAUAAAAAUAUAGCAAACAUUACUAAUAGUUCUGCUCAUAAAAUUCCCAGUCCACCUGUUCACAAUUACAUAGAAAUAUUAAAACUGCCUGAUACACCUGAUUCUAAAAUGGCAAAUAAAACUGAAGUGAGUUCUGAUACCAAGUCACAUAUUUCCAAUAAAUCUGACAGUAAUACACCACAGGUAAAAAAUAUUAAUAAGUCCGAAACCUCUGCCAAAGGUCCUAUUCCAAAUUUGAAACCGAUUUCAGAUACAAAACUAUCAAAACAAGCUUCUACUGGUAAUUUUACAGCUCCUAUUACAUUUCAACAAACAUUUGAACAGCAGUUACAAUCUUUACAAACAGAAAAGAAACCAAAACUCCCUAAGGCUAAAACACAAGUUCCUAAGCUUGUGCCAGCGCCUAAAGUUUUCAAUGUUGGUAAUAAAUCUGCUACCGUUGGUAACAAACCUAACUCGAGCACUCCAACAUCUGAAACUAAGCCUAGUUCUGCUCUAGAUCUCUCUACACAACAUAACAUUCAAAAUCAACAACAAACAUUUGACAAGGCUUUGGAAACUAUGCAAUCAAUAGCCAAUUUGGCCAAAAAACAAAAUUUGCCAUCAAAAGGCAUAACUUUGCCUAUGUCACAAAGUAACACAUUUUCAGGUUUAACUAAUAGAUCAUUAAACUCAGGUGUGAGUCCAAUUAGAGUACCUUCUGCAAAUGUCAAUCAAAUUAAACCUGAUAAAAGUAAUAUAGCUCAUGCUCUUACAAAUACUUCGAGACAAGAUACUUCAAAAAUCCACCCUAAUAAAUCGUCAAAUCACUCUGCGUCAAAUAUACCAUCUCCAAGCUAUCAAAUGCCGUCGCAUAGUUCACCUAGUCCAGCUCAACCAUCACCGAGAUCUCAAACGCGCUCCCCCAGUUGCUCCCCUAAAUUGGUUAUUGCUGAAGACAAACAAACAAAUUCAUCUUUGGAACAGAAUACAGGACAAACAAAUUCAAUGACAAAUAUGCAAAAAUCAAAUUUGAAUUCUAUAAAUGAUAUUCAAAAGUCAUCUCCUGGCCCAUCAAAACCUGCUUUAAAACCAAUAAAACCUUCAACUCCGUCAGCCGUUAAAGUAAGUAGUAUAAGACCACCUAUGGCACUUAACCCCUCAUUAAAUACUACUCCAGAUUAUCUUACAAGACCACAACUUAUAUCCACGCAUCAUCAUUUAUUAAGACAGAUGGAAGUUAAUGCUUGGCUUAAAGUUCAGAGACAGUUUGAUCUUAUUAAAUCUAUGUCUAAUAUGGCUCAUCAACCACAAAAUGAUUUUAAUGGUAAUGAUAACCAACAAUAAGAUAAUUAAGUGAUUUUAAUGUAGAUAUCUAUUUUAUGUGUAUAAAUGAAAUAAAAUUUAACCUUGUUUUAUAUUUUGUGUAAGUGUAAUCAUGUAUCAUUUGUUUAAAGUUUAAUGGUUUAAGGUAUUUAAUUUUCUCUACAUAUCAAUAUUUUUUACUUUUCUUAUUGUUCUUAUGUUUUAGCUAACACAAUAAACUGUUUGAUAAAAUGAAAUUAAGGAACAAAGUGGUUUAAUUAUGUAUUGCAACAAUUUACAACAGGUCAAGUUUAAAUUUGAUUCACCAUACAUGUAUACAUCGAAAUUUUUGGCUUCAACUAAAAGUUUCCUUCUGUUUUUAAAGUGAUUUUACGAUUGUAUAUUAAAGCUUAUUUUAAUUUCAUUUUUAAUAAAAUUAUUUUGAUUUCUGAGUUUUUAUUAGUUAAAUCUAUGUGCAAGAAAACGAGUUUGUUCAUCAAUGUAAUAAUUUUGAAAAAUUAGGUCAACCAAGCUAU